AUGCCCAAAGAGAAGCACCUGGAGCAGACGGUUUCAGCAGAACCGUUCCGAGGGGGACAGAAGCAGGGAGAAGAAGCAGGAGAAGGUGAAGGACAGGGACAGGAGCAGGAGAAGGCGAAGGACAAGGGCAGGGAACCUUCUCCCCAUUUACCGGCUCCAGAGGACGUGGAGAUUUAUUCCUAUAACUUCCAUAGUUUGCUGAGAUGGUCUCCUGUUCCAGUGGAGACAGGCUCGGUGUUAUACACAGUCCACUAUAAAACAGGGGCCUUUCCUGUGUGGAAUGAGAUGAACUGUACCCGGAUCCCCCGGACCCAGUGUGGGUUCCCCCUGGAGAUUCAGAAGCGGCGCUGGACGAUCUUCCUGCGCGUGAGGGCUGAGCUGGGGCAGCUCCCCUCAGCCUGGGUGCAGGCAGGGCCCUUUGUGGCAGAGAGGGACACCACUCUGGGCCCCCCCAGGGUGAGCAGAGUGAGUGCCAGCUCUGACUCACUGCUCCUCAGUGUCACCCCCCCUUUCACACCUGAGCCCGGGGACAGUUUCCAGUAUCGUGUGUUCUACUGGGAGAACACAACAAGGACCACGAAAAAGGAACAAGAGACACAGAAUACACUAUUCCAAAUUGGAAAACUAAAGGAAUCAACACUUUAUUGCUUUAGCCUUCAGGUCGAAUUCCAGGGAGUCUAUGGUGAACUGUUAGGACAGCAAAGUGCCCCAGAGUGUCACAGAACUGCCAUCAGUGAGGCAACCAGAGCUGGAUUCAUCACCCUGCUGUGUCUCUCGGGGUUAAUCCUUAUAAAUCUGGCUACAGCUGGUUUGCUGCUCCUGUGGAAACACCACAAGAAAAUCAAACAGUCGUUUCAGCCACCUCUGAAAAUCCCCUCACACUUUGAAGAGUUCCUCAGGGACCCUGCCAUGCCUGGCUUGGAGGAGCUGGACAAUUCCCCGGAGGAUGAGCCCCAGGCUCUUGUGGCUGGAGAAGGAAUCCAAGCCUGGAGCAGCAGCCCAGGGUGACAGCUCUUCAUCCAACACCCCCAGGGACAGGGAAACCACUGAGGAGCCCCCCCCUGAGUGUCCCCUGGCCCAGGGUUUCCAGCAGCUGCUCCCAGGGCGUGGCUGCUGCCGGGACAAUCCCGAGCAAAAUAUGGACCCUGGGAUGUGUCUCGGGGGCUUCUCCUGAGCUCCCCCAGCUCCUCGUUCUGCCAGAGACACUGAAAAGGAGGAACAGGGAAGGGAAACGAACACUAAACUCAGAAAAAGGUUAAAUUCCCACCCCAGGUUGGGAUAAAGCUUUGAGGAAUAGCAGCACUUUACAGGAGGGUGUAGGAGAACAUGGGACUUUUCAGGGAGUGACUCAUUGCAAUGUAAAUUCCUUUUAUAGCUGAUUUUCUUUCGUUGGCAAUAAUACUCUUGUUAUAUCCACCCCACUCUGCUUCUCUGAAUCAUUUUCAGCACAUGGCAAACUAAAAAGAAAUUUGUUAGUCCUCCCCUCUCCCCAGGAUGAAGCUGUGCCACAAACUCCUCCCAGAGAGGCCUCCUCCCAUCUGCUUCCUCACAGCCACCCCAGUGCCCUGCACAGCCAAACUGACUUGAAAAUAACAUUUAAACCGUGUAUCAGUCAUCAGCAGACACUAAAACCUCUUGUUCACCACCAGCAAAGGGAAAGUUGGCUGAGAGAGAUGUUUUGAGUGCCCUAAAGCACAAGAGCCCAAGUUCAGCCUCCUGUGGGGUCUGGAAGGUGUCCAAUAAAGCACAAAGAACAAGUGAGCCA